AUGACUGAACGAUUGGUGGCUGUUAAGCGACAGAUUAAAGAAUGGGAAAAGCUGUUCCAACGGGAGAAGGGACUCACUCCCCUGAAAAGAGAUAUAGUAGAUGAUCCCAAGAUCCACCAAUUAUAUCGAGAAUACAAACAAAUACGAUAUGGCAAGGAGAACAACAAUCACAACCACAGCAAGAGCCAUAAGAGGCGGCUGAAUGUUUCGAAGGAACAAGUAGAUUGGAGCUUCCUCAUGUCUGACGAUGAAGAAGACUUUGAAGGUGGUGGUGGGAUUGGAUACCAGUCCCCUCAUAAACUGAAGCUCAGUUCUGCCACUACUAAAGUAGAAAUAGGUCCGACGCCUCAAGCUAGUGGAAGAAUACUAUCUAUAUUUGACUUCAAACCAACUCCUCCAGAAUCAUCACCGCUCAUGGAUGAUGAUCUUAUAGCAGCAGCAACACCUUCAAAGAAACGUAAAGAAGCCACAGGUAUUGAUGAUCCUCAAUACACUCCCACUAAGAGACUAAACCUGUUUUUUUCUUCUUCACCUUCUAAGAAUGCAAUUGAUACUCCCAAAUAUCUUAAAAGGUCACACCAUGUUAACUUAUCACCUAUGAAGGCUAAAGUGUCUCAAAGUAAUACCAUUUCACCUAUAAGACCCCGAGCUCCAUUGGUAUUCGAUGUGACCCCCACUAAGACUACACCUGUUAUUGACUUUUCAGUGUCUCCAUCUCCAUUCAAGGCUCACAGGUCACUUACGAAGAAACUCAGUGAUAUUUUCAACGACUCCAAGAGCAGCGUUGUAUCUGAGCUUGAAGCUCUUGAAGAAGUUCAAGAUGCUCCAGAGGAAGAAGAUGUGGACGAAGAAGCUGAAGAGGAUCAAGAAGGAAACACUCCUUUCAGACUAAAGAAACAUAAGACCCAAAAGAGAUCUACUAGAAGAUGGAAGAUCAAACCAAUAACAAUGGAAGAGCAAGAAGAUAUUAUUGGGAGCUCUAAUCUUCAACAACGCAUGCAAUUACUUGAACAGGAAGAGAUUGCAAAUAUUCAAUCUGUGAUGAAUAUCGAGGAGGAAGAGGAAAAGGAAAAGGAAGAAGAACUAGAUUUAGAGAAGGAGUUAAGCAUAAAUGUUUCAUCAGAUAAGAAACAGAAAUAUGUUAGUCAAAAUUACAAGAGAUUGAAGAUUAACGACCCAAGAACAAGAGCAUUCAAAAGAAGGAUGAAUAGAUAA